GUUGCUACCUAUGGAUGCAUCCUGGAGAUCAGGGAGCUAGGCUGCAUCUUGGGCUCUGACAUCUGCCCCUCGGCCAAGGGUGGAGGCUGCCUAACUACCAUUGUUCACAAUGGCAGUAAGGAGGAAGUCAUAAGUGACAGCCAGAAGAAGGAUCGCUUGGCAAAAUGCUCAGUGUCUUCUCGAUGUUUCCUUGAGCCAUUCUGUAAUUCACCACCACUCUCUGACCAGGUCUUGUUACAAGACCUGGAUCUGUUACAGAAUCAAGAUAAAAAUACUAGUGUUGUAUUGGAUUUCCUCAAUCCCAUUCCCAGUUCUAGGUCACCAUCACCUAUUUUCUCAAAACUCUCAACCAGCCAAACUGGAUGGCCUUCAGACUAUGACCCCUAACCAGCCCUUUCUAGAGCGCUCGUAGAGACCACUGAAGUUGAUUGGUCCCAAACCUAAUCUUGCUUUAGAAUGUAGCUAGUGAUCUCCCCCCCAAUUAUAUCCCUCAAAUUUCAACCUUUUCUUCAAGGCCCACCCCUACAUCUUGCCUACAAGUUUCCUGUUCAGAUUCUCCAAUCCAAUCUAAGUCAAUUCGCCAUAUUCAUGAAACAUCUCAAGUACAUGCAAGACAUUGUUAAGCAUUCUACUACUCCAGAUGAUACUACUGAUACAUUCUACUACUCUCAUCUCCUGGAGAGACCACAAAGGUCAUCUAGUCCAAAGAUUCAUGGCGGGAGAAAGUUUAAGAAGCCCUGAUCUAGCUCAAUGAACAUGCCUUCCCAAGGACUGAACAUUUUUCAGGUUAACUAUACCUCGUUUUCCUCAUCUAUAGAAAGAAAACACUCAGAAUUGUUAUGGGGAAAAUAUUUUGUCAAUUCUAUAAAACCACACACACACAUACACAUAUAUAUGACAAUUAUUGAUGAUCAUUGGCAAAAAUCGGGACUAAAGCCCACAUCUAAAUUCUAGCAAUCUAAUAAGCUUUCCAUUUUAACUUGCCUCUAUUUUGGGUCAUUUAAACAUGAUCUCCACUCAUUAUUACCUGCCCCCCUCCCUUGGAGGAGAAGGAACUAGUAAUGUCUUUCCACACCUUAGUCUUUGUCUCUAAUUUUACUCCAUGAUAAACUGAUGCAAAAAAAAAAACCACAUUCAAAUUAAAUGAGAUUAGGGUGAGGGGAUAUGAGAUAGAAAAGGAUGACAGGAUACAAGAGAGUGCUACUUAAGUUCUACUUAAGUGGAACAGAUUAGUUCAAUCCAGCACAACAGUCCAGUGCAAUUCUGAAAUUUCUCCAGCUGAGUUUUUUGAAUCCCUCAUACGCCAAAUAGCAAAAAUAGAUUUGCCCAGGAUCAAAUCACCUAUCACCUCUCAUCUACAUCAAACUGCUUGCCAACCCCAAACUUGAGGCUGUAAAGGUAAUCCCAAGGAUGCCAGGGUCUAACCUUGAGGCAUCUGGUAGUUGUCUUUUCUGAAUAGAGUGGGGGUGGCAGAAAGAUAGGACCCCAAAGUCAGGUUCCCCUCAUAUUCAAUCAAGUCAAAAAGCAUUUAAAUUCCUUUUAUGUGUCAGGCACUGUAUUAAGGAAUGUAGAUAGAUAUAAAGAAAAACAAAAUCCAGUAUCUUCUCAAAAAUCAGGGGUAGUCUCAAAAGGUAAGGUACUAAGAUAAAAAAGGUCUGGAAGAGAUUACUUGUAGAUGAAAUUUGAAGGAAACCAUGUAACGUGAGAGGUAAAGGGAAGAGGGAGAAAAUUCCUGGCAUGGAGGACAAUCAAGGAAGAUACUCCAUUCAGAAGAUGGAGUGUCUAGGGUUGUGUGCAAUUUAGAUAAGAUAUAAGAAGACUAGCUGGGUAGGCAGAGGCUGGGAUAUGAAGGUUUUUACAAGCCAGAUUAUUUCUUUUGGGAAUCAGUUAAGUAGCAUAAUGCACUGGGCCUCAGAGAAAUUUGAAUUUACAUCUCACCUCAGACACUUGUAUAAACCCUGGGUAAGGUACUUGUCCUUUGCCUCAGUUUGCUCAAUUCUAAAAUGAGGAUAAUUUCACCUACCUCCCAGGAUGGUUGUGAGUAUCA